GGGGCCAGGAGGCAGCGCUCCGCCGCCGCAGUCGCCGCCAGUCCAGCAGCGCCGCGCAGCGCCCGGGAGACUCGCACGCUCGACUUCACCGCCACAGAUGAGUAGUUAAAAUUAUACCUUACAUAGCAUGGAUCCUACUCCCAUGUGUAACCUGUGCACUCCAUGAAUGGACACAGCAAGAUACAAUUUUAUAGCACUACCUUGGAUUAACAAAAUUUGCCAUGGAAUACGCAUGCGUUUGCAGCGGUUACAGUACAAAUAUUUACAACGCCAGGGAGAUGUCGGAAGAAGAAUUUCCGGCUGCGGCCGCGGAGCCGGGGUCUGAGCCGGGGUCUGAGCCGGCGUCUGAGCCGCCGCCGAUGGAGGGUGGGGAGCAGCCGCCUGCGCCGGAAGGCACGGAGGAAUCCAAGCCCAAGUACCGGCCCGCCAGGGAUCCCGACCGCCCGCUCAAGUUCCGCUACUGGAACCGCCCAACCAACCUCCAGUACAAGUAUCUCUACGACUACCGCCACAACUACUACUCCGACGUCAUCGACUAUCUAGACAACAGGUCACGUGGUAUCAAAUCGGAUAUUCCAAGACCACAGACGUGGGCCGAACGUGCUCUACGUACUUAUACUAACCCAAAGAAGAGUGAAGCUCUUGCUAAGCGCCAGAAGGAUGUUGAACUUCUUAAUAACAUCCGUACAAGCAACUUUCUGUAUCAGUAUCACACCAAGGACUAUCUGUACAGAAAAUAUCCAGCACUAACACUCUGAAUGUAAACAACAUGUAGGUUUUUCAUUUAAAGGAUCCAGUACUAUACAAUAAAAAAUUGAAGAUUUAGAUAUAAAAUUGUAAAUAUGCAUAGCAGCUCAUUAUUUUACAAGCACAUAAAGAGUUUGUACCACUAAAUAGAAAAUCACAGAACAAACAAAGUAAAUUCUAAAAAAGAAAAUAAGAGAUUUCUUUUGUUUUCAUAUUCUCAAGAAUGCCAUUGCAUUAUGAAGUAAUACUUUGCUCAGUAAGCUUGACAAAAAGUGUAUUAUAUGUAUUCCUAAUAGCUAUUUAACACUGCCAAAUAUACAUAAGUAUUCUGAGUUCUUUGUUUUCUUCAUGCUCGGUAUUCUAAUAAAGCAAGCUUUUCAAAUGGGAAAGACAAAGAAAAUCAUAUUGAAUCUAUUUUCUCACAUAGAGUGGGAGAAAGAAGAGCACAAAUAAAGGUUUCUUUGCAAGAAGCAAAGAAUCACAUUUUUUUCCUUGUGCAGCAUGUUCUUAAAAUAAUCUAAGUACUGCUUUUUGGACACAGCUAAUUUUUGACAGAUAAGUGUAGAUGUCAUAAGGAAAGGUAUAUUUUUGAAAUUUAGAUACUCAAUGACCUGUUUUCUCUGGGGAAGCAGGGUAUUAAUUUUAGUGUGUACAGCAAUUAAAAAUGUUGCUAUCUCAUAUUUAUAUACUGCACUUUGGCAAUGUUUUCUGAUUUGAUGCAUUUAGCAGUUAAGCUUAUCAAGUGUAUUAUUGUUAUUAGACACUCAAUAAAAGACAUUAAUUAUUAA